UGCGCGGCGGGGCUGCCACGUACAGGUUGACAGCUGAGGCUGAUCGGGGACACUUCCUGAUUGCUCCUGCUGCCAUCCGGCUCUUGCUACGCUAGCGACCCUCUUUCACGAUUUGGGAGCAGCGAGUGAAAAUCAGCGUUGGUCCGUUGUCACAACAAGGAGGUUGGAGCAGCAGUUAGGACGGACGGCACCAUGAACGGCCAGCUCGACCUGAGCGGGAAGCUGAUCAUCAAAGCCCAGCUGGGCGAUGACAUCAGACGCAUCCCGAUCCACAAUGAAGACAUCACUUACGAUGAGCUGGUGCUCAUGAUGCAGCGUGUCUUCAGGGGCAAACUGCAGAGCAGCGACGAGGUCACCAUCAAAUACAAGGACGAAGACGAUGACCUCAUCACCAUCUUCGACAGCUCUGACCUCUCCUUCGCUAUCCAGUGCAGUAGGAUUCUCAAGUUAACGUUGUUUGUGAACGGUCAGCCGAGGCCUUUGGAGUCCAGUCAUGUGAAGUACCUGCGCAGGGAGCUCAUCGAGCUGAGGAAUAAAGUCAACACCCUCCUGGAUACCUUUGAGCCCCCCAAAGAGGCCGACGUGGCCGCUACAGCACAAGAAAGCGAAACAGUUGACGGACGUGAAGGCAAGGUGGCGACAACAGACCCCGCUGCGAAGCAUGUGACCCCAGUCAGCGCGGCCAGCAUGUCCGCCUUUGACCCCUUAAAGAACCAGGAUGAAGUCAACAAGAAUGUCAUCUCAGCUUUUGGUCUGAGCGAGGACCAGUCCCCAGCUCCGCCUGCAGCGGCGGCCCCAGAGGAGCGCUCAGGCACCCCCGACAGCAUUGCGUCCUCCUCAUCCGCAGUCCCUCAGCCAGGGUUGCCUCACCAAGCGCAGGCUCCCUUUUCCGGAGGGCAGCAGGCAGCCCCAGCUGGCAUGGAUGGUCAGGUGUACCAGCAGUACCAGGCCCCAGGUGGAUACCCUCCGCAGCAGCCGGGUGCCCCGUCUCAACAGUAUGGAAUGCAGUAUCCUGCGGGAUAUAGCCCCCAGCCAGGAGCCCCCCAACCUGGUCAGCCGCAACAGCAGCAGUUCCAGAACUACGCGCCCCCCUCCUCCCAAGCCCCGGCCGCAGGUCCGCCGGCCCCGGCCCCCAGCUACCAGGGUGGCCAGCAGCCGCAGCAGCCUCAUCCUCAUCCUCCUCAGGGACCGCAGCAGUACCCACCAGGAGCUUUUCCUCCCCAAAACUAUACUUCCCAGGCAUCACAGCCUGCCAACUACAGCAUGCCGCCCACCUCCCAGCCUGCCGGGUACCAACCUCGUCCGGGAUACACCCCACCUCCGGGCAGCACGGUCACCCCUCCGCCUGGGGCUGCUAACCCAUAUGCCCGGAACCGGCCCCCCUACGGUCAGGGAUAUGCUCAGCCAGGCCCUGGAUACCGGUAAAAGGUGCUCAUGAAAGAUCCACACAUCAGCCUUCGUGGCUCCAAUUGAUUGGACUGGUUCUGACUUUUUUUUCCCCCCACCCUCCGCAUCAUAUGAAUAUAAAAUCCAAAUUUGAAACAGGCAAACUCCCCAGUCUGAUGGUGAGUGUUUGUAUGCGGUCUAUCCAACACAUCGCUGGCCUUUUGUUGUUGUUGUAAUUCUGACUUCUUUUUUGGGGGGUGUUAUUUCAUCUCACCAUCCUUUUCCCUCUUGUAUUUGUUCUUGUUGCACGCAUUUGGAAGACCAAAACUGACUGUUUAUCCUUCUUUUUACAUCAUUGCGUGAAUGACAUCCAUAUCCUUAAGACUUAGUGCGCUGGCCAUCGAACUGAAUUCCAGUUUUGUCUUUUUAUUGUCACCAUAAUGUCUGUAUUAAUCAUGAUGGGGAAACUAGCUAAGUGAGGGUAUACGGGCGGGGUCAAUCCCAAGUGAAAUAUGUAAGAUCCCCUUUGGUCACCACUCCUUCACUCUUUCUCUGUCUUAUCACCAGUUUUUACUCAUAUACAAAAAUCAAAUGACUUCUUCACGUGAGAUUAGUCGUUUAGUGUAUAAACUGUAACUUUUUUUUUCUUUCUUUAACACAAUAAAUGAUUGAGACCCAG